GCAUUAAAGAACUACAAGCCCAUAGACCCGACCGUUGGGAGAUGGAUAGGCUUAAUAUGGCAGUUCAACUACAAGGUCGAGCGAGAAUUGCGGGGCUCCGAAACAGGGCAGACGGGCUAAGUCGGGCUUGCAUCACGCCGGAGGGAGUAGAGGAUGCGGAGCUAAUCGACGUUUUCCUGGAGUACGAAGGAGGAACCCUCGUUGCAGAAAAUGAGAUGAUGAGCCUUGCUUGCACGCUAGGACAAUUGUUGAUUCAGACCCUGAAGAAAGGGGCGCCUGCUGUAGUUGCGGAACUCAGGGACGGGUCCGUCACCACGGUUAGACGCAGAGAUGAGAAGGAUUCAUGGGGAGCGACGAUGGGGCUGAAAGAGGAGUUGAUGGCAAUGGCCAUUGAAGGGGGUCGGGAUGUCGUGAUGUGCCUAGUAGAGACUUGGACGCGAAAGGAGCGGCAGUACCUAGUGAGUCAGGCUCAGGAAAAGCAAGAUACCAAUCAGGAGGGACCAGAAUUCUUCCUUGUACAGAUGUAUGAUGGCAUCUUCAGGGAAAUCGGUCUAUUGCUUAUAGGAAACAAACAGCCUAUGGAAGUCAGCCUCAAGGCAAGGGAGGAAGUUGAGAGGUUCAUAGCGGAUAAUGGGACGAAGUUCGUAAAUCACGAAGUGCUAAGCAGGCUCAAGAUGUUGUGCGUACCUAUCAAGAUCAUCGAGCCAUACCAUCCUGAGGCCAAUGCACCUGUAGAAAGGGGGCACCGGACCUUGAAAAACACAAUCGCUAAGCUGGCGGCUGAUGACCUGGGAAACUGGCCUCGGUACCUUAAGCAGGUGGCCUUCUCAGAGAACAUGACGCCGAAGAGAAUGACGGGGUGUAUUCCGGCAGAACUCUGGCAUGAGAGGGAGAUUGAUUUCCCGGUGGAAGCCUUGGUUCCUACCUGGAACAGGCUAGAUGACAACCCGCACAUGUCUACGGAGAAACUAAUCGCCGCACGAUGCCAACAGGUCAUUAGAAAUGAGGAAGCCUUGGAGGAUGUGGUUAAGCGUGUGAUGGGUAGCCGAAUGAGGGACAAAGCAAGGUGGAACCAGGUCAAGAACAUCCGGAAAGAACCGCUCCAGGUGGGGGAAAUGGUACUAAUUAGGAACUCGGCUCUUGAAAGCACGUGGUCUGGACAGCUAGGAAGAAGGUUCAAAGGCCCCUACAGAAUCGCUAAGCGGGUGGGACUGAACUCUUUUGAACUUGAGGAUCUUGACGGUACUCGGAUAAAAGGGUCAUUUUCGGGGCAGAGGCUGGUCAGGUUUUUUGGCCGGGAUCCGGUGGAACAAUGGUUGCAAGAUGCUCAGGACAAGGAAACAGGGGAAUCGACAACUUGAAAGGCAGGCAAUUGGCCAUAAUUCUGUACCGCUUCUCUGCGGAAGUGGUCAUGACUGGAGGGGUUGUUCGUUUUUGUGUCUUCUUUUCUUUUUGGGGCAUGGGGUGACUUCUUGGGCGGACUAUGUAUGGGGGUGGGAGCCUGGGACAAUGUAUCAUAGUUUUGUGGGACAAUUUUGGGACUGCCCAUAUGGGGUACCUAUGUGCUGGGACAAUGUACCAAAGUUUUUGGAGGGAUAAUGGGACUGCCGCCUAUGCCGCCACUCUGAGAGGACUACCAAUCAUGUGGGGGCAAGCACGGGUUCUGGGGAAUGAGACUGCAAAUUUGCAAUGGGAGUGGGAGGAAUGUGUGUGUAUGAGGGUUGUUGAGGGGUUGUUUUGUAUGAACAGGACCAGGGAAGAAGAACACAGCAAGUAAAAGUUAAAAAUGGAAUUUGAAAACGAGAAUGAUAGCAAUACCAUCAACAGGCCCAGCGGGGAACAAGGGACAAGACCGGCUGGGGAAUCAAGCACCAGAAAGAGG